CAAGUUAAGCACGGGAUGUAAUUGGUGGAUAAACACUCGAUGUCAAGAAGGAAGGUGGGCUGAAACACGUUGAGUAUAAUUUUUAACUCUAAUCGAGUUUGAAAUGACGAAGAAUGACGCAAAUCGAGGAUGCUUAAAGGAUGACAGUUCCCGACCAUAAUACCCUGUUUUCAUCAAAGUUCCGGCAAGCAUUACCUUGAUUUGGAGCUGGCUGAAAGGCGAAAUCAUCUUCGGUUCCUGCGGAUUUAAUUUUUUUAAAUAGGAGAUACAUGAUAUCCUCCUAAAUCUCUACUUGUACACAUAGCGAAACCUGAAAGCCGAUUCAGUGGAGAAGAAGAUAAGGUCAUCUGCUGUACUUGAUUUAACUUAUAUUGCCCUGGAGUGAACCUUUAAUAGUGCAAGUGAAUCAGAGAGUUAUGGCCUAAGAUUUUCUCAGAAACUGACAAGUUUCCUGUCGAGUUGCCGCCUAAUUUUACCGUCAUCUUUUCGCUGUCAUUAUGUCAGUGUUUUUCAAGAAUGUUUUCCCAUUUUUCUCGAAAAAAGAGAGGAAAAAGGAAUGUUCAAAUGUUAUUAAAGGGGUUGACCCGAAUGAAAUUUGGGAGCUCGUCAACGAGAUUGGAGAUGGAACAUUUGGCAAAGUGUACAAGGCACAGCGCAAAGGUGAUGGUCUUUUAGCAGCUGCAAAAAUAGUUCCCAUUAAUGAUGAAGCAGAAUUGGAAGAUUUCAUGGUUGAGAUUGACAUUUUGUCAGAAUGCAAGAAUAAACAUGUUGUUGACAUGUUCCAGGCUUAUGUUCAUGACAGUAAGCUUUGGAUGAUGCUUGAAUUUUGCCCUGGUGGUGCAAUGGAUGACAUUGUUCUUGAUUUGGAGCGAGGCCUUGAUGAGGAUGUCAUAAGAGUCAUCUGUAGACAAAUGGUUGAGGCCCUUGCAUUUCUCCAUGAAAAAGGUGUUAUCCACCGAGAUUUAAAAGCUGGGAAUGUUCUUCUUAAAGAAGAUGGAAAUAUCAAAUUGGCUGAUUUUGGUGUAUCAGCAAAGAACAAGCGCAACUCUCAGAGAAGGGACACGUUCAUUGGAACUCCUUAUUGGAUGGCGCCGGAGGUCGUCGUAACAGAAACAUGCAAGGACAAUCCUUACGAUUACUCGGCCGAUAUCUGGAGUCUUGGAAUCACUUUGAUAGAACUUGCUGAGAUGCAGCCUCCUUACCAUGAGAUGCACCCAAUGCGAGUCUUAUUCAAAAUAACGAAAUCCGAUCCUCCUUCGCUGAGUAAUAAAGGAAACUGGUCUGCCGAAUUCCAUGAUUUUAUCAAAGACUGCCUUCUAAAGGAUCCCACCGUCAGGUCUUCGGCCAAAACAUUGUUAGAGCACCCUUUUAUUCGAGAAAUUUCAGACAAUCAGCCGUUAGUGGACUUGUAUCGUUUAGUGAAAAGUGAAGUUGUCGAGGUGCUUGAAGAUUUACCGGAAGACAAAGAUGGCAAAGAAGCGAAUGAAAAGAAUAUCACCAAAUCGCUGUCAUCGGACACUCUGAACAGCAUAGCUACAGAAGACGACAGUAGCUCCAGUCAGAAGGACGACUCUUCCGUUAGAGACAGUGAUAGUGGGAUUCCCCCCAUGCCUCUGCGAAGGAUCAAGGAGAUGAGUGAGUACGAUGAUUUGGAUGAAAACACGGACAUCACCAAAGCAAAGUCGAAGGAACCGGUGGCUGGGGCUAAAUCGACCGCUGAACUUGUGGGAUUUAAGGCUAGUGCGGAGGCGCAAAUGCAGAUGAUUGAAAAAGAGGAUGCUGUCAGAAACGACUUGCCUUCGCUGCAGAAACGAGGCGAGGUCCCAGUGCAAAAUGUUGAAGCUGAAGGAGCAGAGGACGAAGAGACAAAACCAAGCCUGCCAUUUGAUGCAGAAGAAAGAGACAAAUACUCUUCACGUUUAGAUGAUGCUCUGGCCAGGCUGGAAGAGCUGGGAGAAGCAAGCCCAGGGGCAGCACGGGAUGAACAGAAAAAGAGAGGAAGAAAGAGGUCAGGAAAGGCAGAGGAGGAAAUGAAGCCGAAAAAUGAAGAAAUGGAGAAGACCGGCACGGUUGCUAGUGAAAGCAAAGGGGAGACAGGGAAGGAAAACACAGGCAAGGAUGUUCUAGGAUUAAAAGCAGAACUUGACAAGUUAGGGUUGAAUGAAAAAGGAAAGGAUAGUCGAAAGAAGGACGAAAAUGAAGACGAUAAAUCUCUCUCAGAGUCUGAGCCGGGUAGCACUGUUACGAGCCCUAAAAAGGGUGAAUCACAGCAGUACAAAACUUUGACAAGAGUUCGCAAAUAUGAAGUGAAUGGAAAGGUUGUCACGGAAACGACAUCAAGAAUCGUUGACGUCAGCUCAGAGGACUUCAGAGCCGCGGUCAGAAGAGAGCAGCUUUUGAGAAAGCAAGGUCUUAAUGAAAUGAAAAUUUUACGGAGAGAUGAGCAAAAGCAAGGUCACGAUUUGAUGGCGAAGAUAAAGUCGGAGUGGGAUUUAAUGGAGGAAAAGUUCAGGCAAGGAGAAGAGGAGCUUAAGAAAGUAUAUGAAACGAAAUUGGAGAUGACAGGCAAACUGCAAAAGAGGGACAUCGAGAAACUGGAGGUUCAGCAACAGCAGGAGCUGAAGGUUUUAGAGAAAAAGUUGAAAGUUGAGCAGGAAAAGUCGUACAAAGAGUUCAAAGAAUCGCUCAAAGAAGAACAGAAGGCGCUUAAAAAAGAGACAGAUAAAAUGCCCAAAGCUGUUCGAAAAGAAGAGUUCAGACGCAGAAAAGAGCUGUUGGAUUAUUCGCACCAAAAUGUUGAACGUGAAUUCAAAGCAAGGCAAGCAUUGGACUUUGAAACUUUCCACAGGGAGAAAACUGAAGAAAGAACUCGCAAAAUAUUUGAAAUGGAGAUGGGAUUUUUGGAAAUAAAACAUAAUCUCCUCAGAAACUGGAAAUCGGAUGAAUGGGAACUGGAGCAAGAACAUAUCCACCGCAAGCAUCAACUCACAAAAACGCAGCUACAAGAGACAUUUUAUCUUCAACGAACGCAAAUGGCUGCAAGGCACAAAAAGGAAAUUGAGCAACACAACCGGCUGUAUCGAAUCAAGGACGAAGAACUGAAGCGAAGACAUGAUUUGGAAAAGAAGAGGCUGCCGAAAAUCCAACGAAAUGAGAUCAAGAACCAAGUUCAGGCUUUGAGGAGGCAGCUCAAAACAGACAGAAAGCGGGAUUCGAUUAUGGGAUAUUUGAGCUCUGGUGACAAAGAGCAAUUAAGAGAGUUUGAAGAUGCUCUAACAAGAAACGCGCGUACUCAGUACGAAAAGAUGAUUCUUCGGCAAGAGAUUGAAGAGGAUGAACUGAAAACCACUGCAGAAAACGAGCUGCAGGAGCUCAAACAGCUUCAGAAUGAAAAGUGUCAUAUGCUGACCCAAAGUGAGACCGAGAAACUCAAAGACCGAGAUGAGAAGCAUGGUGCCGAGUUGCAGCAAUGGCGGGAAAGUUUAGGCCCGAGGAAAAAGACCUUAGAAGAUGAAUUUUCACGGCAGAAGAAUGAACAGCGACAAUUCUAUUAUCAGCUUAGCAGCAGUCCACUUCCGGAAGAUUUUCCUGGAAAUAGUGAAAAGGGCAACAGCUCUUAACAUUUCAAAUUUAAUAAAUAUCGUCGAAUUAUACCGAACCACGAUUUUUCUCAUACGUUGUAUGAGCUUUGUGAAUUCGAUUUAUAUGUUUUUCGAUACCACAGCCCUCAAACAGUAGGCAAAUGAUUAAUUUAAUCAUAGUUAGCUAUUUUCUAUUCAAUUCCCAUGUAAAUUUA